AUGCCCAUGCCCACGCCAACAACGCCCACGCCCACGCCAACAACGCCCACGCCAACGCGGAAUGACGGGCCAAGAACGAGGGACAACGCCCAUGACGUGGCAACGUCAUGGGCCAAGGUUCUCACCACGACAGGUGCCAGCGGCACGCGACAACGACGUGCGAGGUCGACGACGUGCGAGAACGACGACGACGAUGACACGCAAGCACGACGACACGCGACAACAACAACGCGACAACGACGACACACGACGACGACACGUGACAACGACGACACGCCAGCACGACGAUACGCGACAACGACGAACGAGCGCCCACCACCGCCAACGCCAAUGCAGAACGGCGACGAGCGCCCAGCAGCGGCACGCGACAACGACAACGACUCACGACGACAACAACAACGACGUGCGAGUAGUGUUUGGAAGUCCGGUCUCGUGAAUGGAAAAAGACUGUAA